GUCACAGCUCAACCCAUGUCAUUUUCAAUGAAAAGAAUGACGGAUAGACGGAUAGUCCCCAAAAAAGUAGAAAUUUGUUCCAGCCCAAGUAAAGAUAAGUUAACUCCGAUUCCCUUAACCACUAAAACCUAUAAAAUGUUUCGGGUAAUGUUUCAGAAAAAAUCAAAAAUUCAAAUAUUUACCCUAAUUUAAAUUAAAGAUUACAGCUCUGCUAAUGUGGAACAGCCCGGGUAAUUCCAGCUUUUAAAAGUAUUUUCCUAAUUUGCCCUAUGUUAUUCUCUUAUUUGCCCUAUGUUUUUCUCUUAUGAUUAUUAAAUUUGUUCUCUUUUUCAUAAAUUCUAAAUCAUCCCCGCGGAACAAACCUUUCACGCUCACUUUGUACAAAUUUCCCUUUAUUUUACUUCCCUCUACUCAAGAAACCCACCCGCCCACUUUCUCUUUGUUUUUUGUGUCUGCUUUUUUUCUUUGCCUUUUUAAAUUCUUCACACCUCGUACAUUCUUUUCUCUCCACGGUAAGACAAUAUGA